CAACAGCUGAUUUUCGGCACUUCAAGAUUUGUUUUGAUUAAGAUUUCGCAAAUGGAAUUUUGUGAAUCACACUUAAACACGCACGAUCGGCUCAUUCAGUGUGCCUUGCAUAGAGCGUCAGUAAAGUUCAACUAAACCAUGGAGCGGGGAAGCUGCAAGGAUUUCAGACAGAAAGGAGGUGACUGGCAGAACGACGGGUCCUUCUUCACGGUCUUUCACGAGUUCAUCUCCAAGAACGUGUCCAUGCCCUCUGACCUGGGCGAACUGAUCGCAUACGUGUUGCUAUUGGUCAUCUCUUGGUACGCACUCAUUUUCGCCUUCCGGUUCCUGAUUUCCCUGGUGAAACCCGUCAUCGUCGUGGUGGCCGCCUUUUUCGUCUUCCAAUUCCUGCGAACCUACGAGUUUGUGGGCCUCGUCGAUCUAAUCUUCACAAUAUUGGGCCUGGUCGCCAAUCUAGUGAGUUCCAUCCUGGCCAAGAUUAUGGACAUCAUCGCGCGGGCUCUUGUUUAACAUGUACUUAAAAUACAUUCCAUUCUUAAGCUGCCUGUAAAUAACGUUAUUUAAACGUUGGAUAUUUGUUAUUAUUUUGAUACGAAUGUAGGGGAUUAAACAUUUUAAAUUUACAGAA